AAUAAAUACGAGAGACAUUUUCAUUGCCAACAUCCCAUCCACACCCUCACCCUCACCCUCGAGCAUCGACAACAGCAGCAUAAGGACCAUGGCGGAUGGUCAUCAAUUCAACAACAUCACCCUCGGUGGCCGCGGAGGCACCAAUCCAGGGCAGAUGAAGAUAUAUUCAGGAGGUAUUAUAUGGAAGAGACAGGGGGGUGGUAAAUUGAUUGAAGUCGAUAAAGCUGACAUAAUGGGAGUGACAUGGAUGAAGGUUCCAAGGACUAAUCAACUAGGUGUUCAGAUCAAGGACGGUUUGUUUUACAAGUUCACUGGUUUCCGUGACCAGGAUGUUUCAAAUUUGACCAAUUUUUUCCAAAAUACAUGUGGGAUAGCAGUAGAGGAGAAGCAGCUUUCUGUAAGUGGGCGCAACUGGGGAGAAGUUGAUCUAAAUGGAAAUAUGCUGGCUUUCAUGGUUGGUUCAAAACAAGCUUUUGAAGUGUCUUUAGCUGAUGUCUCUCAGACACAGCUUCAGGGGAAAAAUGAUGUGAUCUUGGAGUUUCAUGUGGAUGACACAACUGGAGCCAAUGAGAAAGAUUCAUUGAUGGAGAUAAGUUUCCACAUCCCAAAUUCUAACACGCAAUUUGUUGGUGAUGAAAAUCGACCUCCUGCUCAGGUUUUCCAUGACAAAAUCAUGUCCAUGGCUGAUGUUGGUGCUGGAGGUGAAGAUGCUGUUGUCACAUUUGAGGGUAUUGCGAUCCUCACACCUAGGGGAAGAUAUAGUGUUGAGCUACAUCUUUCAUUCUUGCGGCUUCAGGGACAGGCUAAUGAUUUCAAAAUCCAGUAUAGCAGUGUAGUUCGCCUAUUUUUACUUCCCAAGUCUAAUCAGCCACAUACGUUCGUUAUUAUUAGUCUGGACCCACCUAUUCGGAAAGGACAAACUCUGUACCCUCAUAUUGUAAUGCAGUUUGAAACUGAUUAUGUUGUUCAAAGUGAGUUGGCUAUGAGUGAAGAUCUUUAUAACAGCAAGUACAAGGACAAGUUGGAGUUAUCCUAUAAGGGGCUCAUGCAUGAAGUGUUCACAACAAUAUUGCGUGGUUUGUCUGGUGCCAAGGUUACCAAACCAGGAAAAUUUAGAAGUUGCCACGAUGGUUAUGCAGUGAAAUCAUCUUUAAAAGCUGAAGAUGGAAUUCUUUAUCCCCUUGAGAAGAGUUUCUUCUUUCUUCCUAAACCUCCAACUCUUAUUCUUCAUGAAGAGAUCGACUAUGUUGAAUUUCAGCGGCAUGGUGCUGGUGGUUCAAAUAUGCAUUAUUUUGACCUUCUGGUCAGACUAAAGUCUGAUCAAGAGCAUCUUUUUCGUAAUAUUCAAAGAAAUGAGUACCACAAUUUGUAUGGUUUUAUCAGUUCAAAGGGAUUGAAAAUUAUGAACUUAGGAGAUGCCCAACCAGGAUCUGUUGGUAUGGCUAAGGUUCUUGAGAAUGAUGAUGAUGAUGCUGUUGAUCCACAUCUCGAGCGCAUCAGAAACGAAGCCGGUGAUGAAAGUGAUGAGGAGGAUGAAGAUUUUGUUGCUGACAAGGAUGAUGAAGGCUCUCCAACUGAUGAUUCUGGAGGAGAUGAUUCUGAUGCUAGUAUAAGUGGUGAUGAGAAAGAGAAGCCUGCCAAAAAGGAAUCAAAGAAGGAGCUGCCUUCUAAGGCAUCUACUUCGAAAAAGAGAUCAAAAGAUGCUGAUGAAGAUGGAAAAAAGAAAAAGCAGAAAAAGAAAAAGGACCCAAAUGCACCCAAGAGGGCAAUGUCUGGUUUCAUGUUCUUUUCUCAAAUGGAAAGAGAGAAUCUAAAGAAAAGUAAUCCCGGAAUUUCAUUUACGGAUGUUGGAAGAGUACUUGGAGAAAAAUGGAAAAAGAUGUCAGCGGAGGAGAAGGAACCAUAUGAGGCGAAAGCUCGUGCUGAUAAAAAACGUUACAAGGAUGAGAUUAGUGGCUACAAGAAUCCGCAACCCGUGAAUAUCGAUUCAGGAAAUGAGACUGACAGUGCUUGAGCUACUUGAUUUUGAAGUAAUUUUGUGAGCUUCUAACGGUAUAUUAACCUGUGAAGUUAACCGGAAUGAGCUGGAGAUUAGCAUGCCAUGGGUUACAGAGUACAAACAUCCGCUUGUUUGGAUGGUUAAGAUACUUAACUAUGUAGUGGCAGAAAAUUAUAAUCAUGCCUUCAUUUGGAAGUUAUCUUUGUUCUUAAAAAUGUUCAAUUAGCAGUUUAAUUCGUAAGAGAUAUACAUGAUAUUAUUAGCAUAUUGUAGGAGCAAUUUGUAGUUUAUAUUAUCAUUAUAAUUGUUCCUAUUAAUGUUGGUAUCA